AUGGAACAUUCUGGAAAUGAUAGUGACGUUUUUUUAAGUGCAGAGGAAUCGUUUGAUGAAGAUGAAGAAGAAAGUUUAAAAAAAAAAGAAAAGUCUUCAAAGUUACAAGAAAUAAAUGUCAACGACGAGAAUAUUGUUGCUGACGAAAACUUAAAAGAUGGUGUUCGAUCAUCGGAUGUACCAAACGUUAACACUGAAUCUGUGGCUUACAGAAAAAGACCUAGCAGUUUGCUUACUAUCCAGCAAACAUCUUCUAAUGUUAAAGAAAUAAUUAAAAAUUCUAUACCGACCAAUGAUCCGGAAUCAAGUGAUACAUUUAGUUAUGAUGAUACAAGUUCAGAUUUAAAUUAUGUACCUUCUUCUAAUCCAGUUGUUCUACAAUCAAAAUUUAAUGUUUCAGAUGAUUUAAAUUCAAAUUUUUCUAACUGCCAAUCUGAAAUAAAAGAAAAAGAAGAACUUGAAUUUGAAAAUUCUGAUACAGAAAAAGAAAGUGCCAAUCAAAGUGAAAAAAGUAACAUGUUGUUGACUAGUGAACCUGAUGAUGAAAAAACAAUAGAUAAAAAGCUUGAAAAUUUAGUAAAUGAUACUGUUAAAAUAGGCAAUAAUUCACUUAAAAAUAAAAUUGUUGAUGUUAAAGCAUCUGAAAAUGAAACUAUCAAUAAAAUGAAAACAUGUAAAUUGGAUGAAAUCGACAAUGAUGAUUCAAUAAAUGACACAGUUGAAGAAAAACAAUACUUAAAAGAAACUAGUAUGAAAUUUUUAAAUGAUUUGCAAUCUAAUUUGAAAAAAACAGAAAAUUCUGAUAUUGAAUUUAUAAAAAUUUGUAUAAUGAGGAGCUCAAACGAUGGCAAGCCAACAAAAUCAGUUAACAAUUCUUCUGAAUCUAAACAAUUUGAAAAAAAUAUUAAAAAGAAUGAAGAUAAUAAUAAACAGGAAAAAAAUUGUGAUAUUUUAGAAAAUAUUUCAGAGAGUGACAAUUCAAAUUCAAAUAAUGAUAAAGAAAAACAAAAUAUUCAAUCAGAUAAAAUAUUAAAUUAUUCUCAAAAAUAUUCAAAUGAGGAAGAUAGUAAUGUAAAAUUUAAUUUAACCACAAGUGCAAAUCUAGAAGAGAAUGACGAAAAUUCAAAUGAACAAGAUGGAUGGGAAGAUUUUGAUGUAAAUAUAGAUUCAGAUUCUGUUCUAGAAAAUGCCUCAUCUUCAAAGCUUGAAAACACUUCAUCAUUUAAGAGUAUUAAAGAAGAAUCAAGAAGUGUUUUAAAAACUGAAAAAUGUGAUAAUUAUGAAAAUUCAGAUAAUAAUUCUCAAAAUUUAGAUAAAUUAGAUUCAGAAAACAGUGAUGCAAUUAAUGAUUGGGGUUGGGAUGCUUGGGAAAGUGUAAAUGACGAUGAUAAAAAUGAUGAAGUUUUAACAGACAAAUUUGUACAAAAAAAUAAAAAUUCUAGUCACAAAAUCAGUCAAGAAGUACAUACUUCAGAAAAAAAUAAAGCUUUAUUUAGCAAAAAUGUUUUUGACACAAAUAGAGGAGUUACUAAAGGUGAAAAAUUUGAAGAAGAGAAGAAAGUAAAUUCUGACCUUGGUAAAGAAGCAAAAUGGAGCUCUUGGGGAAUCAGUACCCUUUUAGAUAAAGCUUCUGCUGUUACACAAGGAAUAUCAAAUGCGAUUGAAGUUGGAUUAGGUGUACCUGACCCUGAAACUUUAGCACGAAUGGAUAAUUCAAAUGAAAACAGUGACAAAGUUAGGAAAAGUGUAGCUAAAUCACCUGCUGAAAAUGAUAAUAGAAAUUUUUUGCCUGAUUUAAAUUUAUUAGGUUUACCCAAUUUGGUUGUUGAUGUAACAAGUAAAAUUGUAGAACAUUCAAAAAUUCAAGAAAUAGGUGCAAAAGUUAUAACGGGAGGGCUUGAUACUUUGGAGAGUUUUGGGAAAAAAACUAUAGAAGUGUUACAAGAAGGGGAUCCAGGUUUAAGAAAUAAAAGAGCUUUAUUUUCUAGUAAUCAAUCAUCAUUAUCACCCAUUUUAAAAGAAAUAAGUGACAAAGCGAGCAAAGAAAUAAAAAAAUCUGAAGAGUCGGAAAUGCAAAAAAAGUGUCAAUUUGAGAGAAUUUUUGAUGAUUUUCAGGGAGGUGUGUACAUAGAAUCACUUGAAAUGUUAUCAAAUCAAUGUAAACUAAAAUUAGAACAAAUUAAAAGUGCAAUGAAUAGUGAUGAAGUAGCAGAUUUGAAUGACAUUCUUGAAGAAGUUAACGAACUGUGUGCUACUUAUGAAUUAGAACCAAAUAUUACAACCACUCAAAGUUUUGAAAAUAAUUUAAAAGGAGCAAUAGAGCCAUUCAAAAAUGAAAUUUCUAUUAAUAAUUUGAUAAAGGCACACAUGGAAAUUCAAAAUUGGUUUAAAUCAUUCAAUGAGAAAAAUGUUUCUUAUGUUUUUGUGCAGCAAAAGUUAGUAUCGGCAAUAGCUCAAAUUACAGCUGCUACUAUUCAUUUGUUUCAUAAAACUGGUCAAGUGAUGUCCAUAAGAGAACACAGGCAAACUGUUGAGGAAAUAGAAUCAUUAUCAAAAAUUUCCCAUAUCAUGACCAAGGAAGUUGUUUCAAUUUGGGAAAAGUUUCAAAAUCUUACAAAAUCAAUGUCAAUUGAUCAAGAUAAAUUACAAACUAUUCAUAAAAAUGUAGAAAAUGUAUUACCAGAGUCAUUAUCACACAUUAAAAAUGCUUUUAAUUUACUAAUACCUAUUUUACAGCUAGGAGCAGCAGUUUGA